GACACCCUCCCCUGCAUGCAGGCUGGGCGGGCGCUGUCUGCAAAAUCCUCUCUGUCCUUAACCCUGUGUGCCCUCUGUGCAUUAAGUCUCUGCGCUGACAUUGGAGGUUGACACCUUCUCUUGCUCCCAUGUGUUUGCUUCCAUGCCCUGUGUGUCUGAAUGCCGCUGCCUGUCACCAGCUCCUUCCAGACUGGCUUUGUUUCCCAACAUUUCGCCCUGGCAGCAAGGGAGGAGAAAAGCUGCACUUGUGCGAAAUAUCCCACUGAAGAGCUCCAGCUCCUGGAAUAGAUACCCCUAGCUACAGCCGAGGAGAAGCAGGUCAUACUGCCAGCUAAAGACUGUGCCAACCAGACCCUGGGACACACUAAAGGACAAGACAGAAGUGCCAUGUGUUGCUCCUGAGAGCAUGCCGUGUUCCUGUGGAUUGUAACGUGAGUCCAAGACUGGAUCCCGAUGUGAUUCCUCAGCGUUCCCAAAUGAUUACCUUCUGUUCAGCAAGUAUUCCCCAUCACGCCUGGAAAAAUUGUAACAGAACGGGAUAAUUUGUGUCCUGUGUGACCCAGCUGUAAGGCGAGAAAGCUGAUCCCGCAAGCCAUUCUAUUGGAAUGCAUUGUGCCCUGCUUCGAACAGACAGCUGGAUAUAAAGUCGUGUGUCUAUAUCCGCUGCACCCCUCCUCUUGUCCUGACAGUUGUUGUCUUGUGCCCUGUGCACCAGUGUGGCUGGCCCUGAGGAUGUCCCGCUGGCUCGUAACCCUUUCCUGUCUGUGGCAGAUGCUGGGGAUGGUUGCCACCUUGGAGAUGGGCUUAUAUGAUGUGGAAAGGGGACGAGAAGCAAAAUGUGAGCCCAUUCAAAUACCUAUGUGCCAGGGCAUUGGCUACAACAUGACGAGAAUGCCCAACUAUGUCGGCCACGAGUCUCAGGCUGAGGCGGCGGUGAAGCUUCUGGAGUUUGCCCCGCUUGUGGAAUAUGGGUGUCACGUACACCUUCGCUUUUUUCUCUGUUCCCUUUAUGCUCCCAUGUGCACUGAGCAGGUGUCCACUUCUAUCCCUGCCUGUAAGCCUAUGUGCGAAAUUGCACGGCAGAAGUGUUCCCCCAUAAUGAAGAGCUUUAAUUUUGGAUGGCCGGAGUCUUUAGACUGUGACCGCCUACCCAGUAAAAAUGACCCAAAUGCACUGUGCAUGGAGGCUCCUGAAAAUGCUACUAACGGGGACCCUCAAACCAAUGGCCAUAACAUACUUCCCAUAGGUCCACUGCCAACACGUCCAUCUGGUCCUGGGAUCGGUAUACCUAGUCGCUGCACCAAUCCUGACAAAUUCCUGUUUGUGGAGAGGAGUGGGGUGUGCGCCCCAAGGUGCACGCCUGGUGUGGAUGUCUACUGGUCUUCAAGCGAUAAGGACUUUGCCCUGGUGUGGAUGGCAGCAUGGUCUGGUCUUUGCUUUAUUUCCACCGCCUUUACCGUGCUGACAUUUUUAUUACAUCCUCAGCGCUUCCAGUAUCCCGAGAGGCCAAUUAUUUUCCUCAGUAUGUGUUACAAUGUCUACUCUACUGCAUUUCUCAUCCGUGCUGCUGCUGGGGCCCCUAGUAUUGCCUGUGACCGUGAAGGUGGCGCCCCCUACCUGAUCAGAGAGGGCCUGGAAAGCAGUGGGUGCACACUUGUCUUCCUUAUAUUAUACUAUUUUGGCAUGGCCAGCUCACUGUGGUGGGUGGUUUUAACCCUCACUUGGUUCCUAGCAGCAAGUAAAAAGUGGGGUCAUGAGGCCAUUGAAUCCCACGGUAGUUACUUUCACCUAGCCGCUUGGGGUAUUCCAGCUGUAAAGACUAUCAUUAUACUCACAAUGAGGAAAGUUGGUGGAGAUGAGCUUACUGGACUAUGCUAUGUUGGUGGCUCAGAUCCCAGUGCCCUGACAGGAUUUGUUCUGGUGCCUCUUUCGUGCUAUUUGGUGACAGGCACGUCGUUUCUGUUAACAGGCUUCGUGGCUCUCUUCCACAUCAGACGUGUCAUGAAAACCGGGGGAACCAACACAGAGAAACUGGAGAAACUGAUGGUUAAGAUAGGAGUCUUCUCCAUCCUUUAUACAGUCCCUGCCACCUGCAUCAUUGUGUGCUGCUUCUACGAGCGUCUUAAUUUGGCUCACUGGGAAGCCCGGGCGAGGGAAGAGCCCUGCAGGACAGCUUCUGGAAGUGGCAGGCCAGACUGUACUUUGCCUGCGUCCAUCCCCAGUGUAGCAGUCUUCAUGCUUAAGAUAUUCAUGUCACUAGCUGUGGGUAUAACUAGUGGUGUGUGGGUAUGGAGUUCAAAGACUCUACAAGCCUGGCAAGGAAUCCUGUGCCAGCGUCGGCUUGGGGUGGUGGGAACCAGGACUCGAGGGAAGCCUCAAACAGGAGGAGGCAUUGCUUGUAGUUUAGGAAGCUGCCCUUACAAGCCCCCACCACUUACUCUUCAGGUUGCUAAAACAGAUCUUUUUACAGACUGCCCAACCCAUGUGUGAACCUCAAGAUGAAAAGGGGGGUCUAAUAAGAAGAUGUAAAAAAAAUAUCUAUAUAUUUCCAUCCGCAGAAAGCAUGUAUAGACACAAUGCAGGGGACUUUGAUCAGCUCCUGAUAUGAGAGCCUAUUGAGUGUGACAAAUGAAUGCUUGAGGAAACCUGACCUACAAAUUUCUAAGCAGAGGCAUAAUAUAUUUUGGUGACACAGGGAAACUGUUCAUGCGCCAGCCAUAGAGACAUUAAAGAGGUGUACUGUAUCAAAGACCUCUUUAGGCUGCUUUACGUGAACACUGAGCCUUUUAGCAGAUGUUUUGAGAGCUCAGCCCCCCUCCCUGCAAGCACAACAGGAGCAGAACGUUGCCUACAUGGCUUAUCCAGUCUAUCUCGCCAUCUCCGGGGGGUGCAGGAUCUAGCUCUGUUAACGUCAUGGUGGGCAUUAUUGCUGCUUGCAGACGCAGCGCUAUUCGUUGCUGCUUUGACAGUCAUUGUUCUGAGGUCAUCAGCAUCCAGAACCUAUUGAGGAUAACCCACAUUGGUGUUUAUAUCAGGCUGUACUUCAUUUGUGCUCAGGGCCCUGGUUUACCAGAUUUCUGUCUCCGCUGUAAGCACAAAGUUAAAGGGGUUGUCUCACUUCAGCAAAUGGCAUU